GAUCUGCGUAAAUCCAAAACAGGAACAAAAUGGCUACUGCAACUGGGGACGAGGCAGCUGCAAUGGACAGCAUCUCCCGGGCCCCAGCGGCUCACUCUGCGGCUCUGAGUGCGCCUGGAGCCGGGAGUAGUCAAACAGAACCAGCGGAAGAAGGAACUGAAGCCGCAGCAUCAGCGCCUAAAAAGGGUGAUGGCGGGGUAGAGACAGCAGAGGAGGCUGUGGAGCCAGCAGAGCCCGAUAUAAACGAGUUAUGCAGUGAUAUGUUUGAAAAGAUGGCCAUAUUUCUACAAGGAGAACUAACAGCUACAUGUGAGGACUACCGCUUGUUGGAGAAUAUGAACAAGCUGACCAGUCUGAAGUACAUGGAAAUGAAGGAUAUCAGUAUAAAUAUCAGCCGUAAUCUACAGGACCUUAAUAACAAAUAUGCCAGCCUUCAGCCGUACUUGGAUCAAAUAAACGAGAUUGAGCAGCAUGUCACUUCACUUGAACAGGCUGCAUACAAACUGGAUGCUUACUCUAAGAAACUGGAAGCUAGGUUCAAGAAGCUGGAGAAGCGAUGAUAACUGGAGAUGCCAUUCUACCUUUCCUAGCCUGCUGCCUUGCCUCCCUGCUUGGUGGAGCAGCAGGAGGACGUGAACUGAAACUGAAACAACAAACAUUCAGAGCCACUUGGACACUUGAACGCACUUGAGAAGAACCACCAAAGGCUGAAGUCGAGGAGUGGAAUGGAACGGAACGGGGCUAGGUCUUUUUAGGCCCCACUUGAGAAGGACUGUUUUUGACAGCUGGUUGGUGUGAAGGAGGUUUGACUAGUAUGUGCCCUUGGAGUUACUGGAAUUUUUCUGUUUAAGUAUUUGGGUCAAAUUGUUUAAAAAAAUAGAAAUAACUAGCAUUUGAGAAUUGAAGGUUAUUGUUGCACUGUAGACUAAACAACCAUGUAUUAAGAUAGCCAUUGAAAUAUAAUCCCAAAUAAUACAAUUGUGUAAGGGACACGACUGUAAAUUUCUUUAGCAGUUUGUGUAUUAAAUAUACCAAUACAUGGCCAUAUUAUAUAUAUUAUUAUAUUAUAUUGCUUAAACCUGCCUAAUAUCAUACA